CUGUCCUUUCAUGUCCGUUUCCUAACCCCGAGCAGCUGCCCUAACCCGGCCGACCGGACGGUUUCCAUGGAGGGAAACGGGCGUGGCUCCUCCCACUUCUUCUCCUUCAACACCUUCCAGUUCUCCGGGGGAAACAGCGGCAGCGUUUUCCUGCACUGCAAAGUCAAGCUGUGCGUCUCUCAGGGGGACCAGGGGACCAGUGCGUUCAGAGGUGUGAUCAGGGCCACAGGGAGCGCAGAUCUGCCAUGCCAGAACACAGAGACAUCCACUCUGCCUUCAUCACCAUGGCCUGGACUUACUAGGUUUCCAUGGAGACUCGGACCGAAGAAAAUCCAAGGUUUUGUCCCAAAGAGGAGCCAGUCUUUAGUGAUGCACAGAUUCAGGAAAGCUACAUCAAGCUAA